GACUGCAUCAUCGUUGGACCCAUUUUCAGAUCUUUCAAGAUCCAUCAAGCAGGUGUUGAAAUGUAUGCUUUUAUAUUCUUCUUCUUUUUCUUCUUGGGCGAAGUAGUAAUGUGCACAUCCGUGCAGUUUGUUCCCGUAACACUCAAGUUCUCCAUGCUGGCACCAAAAGAUCCUCUUUCAAAAUGGGGCAGUCUUAACAAACUUAUUAAAAUUAGCGGAGUUGACGAGCUGAUGUACAACCAGCUCACAGUGCAAGUUGAUACACCAACUAUACAUUUGUACUACGAAGUUCACUGUCCCGGAUGUAUAGAGUUCGACACGACACAGUUGAAAGAAGUUAUUGAAGUGUUGCACCAGUAUGUGGACGUCCACACUUAUCCUUACGGACAUGCUAGGACAGUUAAGCAUGAAGAUGGCACUGUAGAAGUGACCUGCCAGCACGGACCAGCUGAGUGCUACGGAAAUAUGCUUCACGCAUGCGCGUUAGACAUCAUAGCUAACGGCACUGAAGCUUUGCUUUUCAACGCUUGCAUGAUGGGCCAAUACAGCAAUGACAAAAGUGCAGAUAAGUGUGGUGAAAAGAUGAACAUCAAUGCAAGCCCAAUAAAGGACUGUGCGAAGAGCCAGAAAGGCACCGAUCUCCUUGUUCACUAUGGUGAAGAGAGCAAGAAAGCAGGUUUCCAAUACGUCCCCUACGUCCUUCUGAAUGGGGAAGAGUGGAGAGGGAAAAGCUUAUUGAAAGCUGUGUGUGCAUCAUUCAAAAACCCGCCUGAACCUUUUAUUACGAAUUCUCAGGAUAUUGAAAUUCUCUCCAAUGCGUUAGAUAGUGUGAAUACGCCGAUAAAAGUCAUCGAGGCUGAUUUCAUUUUUAUUAAAGAAAAGAUUACAGUGCAAGUAAACGUACCAACAUUGAAAUUGUACUACGAAAGCUUAUGUCCCGACUGCAUUGAGUUCGAUUCGACACAGUUCAAAAAUGUAGUUGAAUUGUUGCAUCAGUAUGUGGACAUUCACACGUAUCCUUAUGGGAAUGCUAGGACAGUGAAACAUGGCAACAAUACUGUAAUAAUUUGCCAGCAUGGGCCAGAAGAGUGCUAUGGGAACAAGCUACACGCAUGCGCGCUGGACAUCAUAGCUAACGGCACCGAGGCGAUGCUCUUUAACGCCUGCAUGAUGGCCCAGCGCAGUAAUGAUACUAGCGCAGACAAUAUAUUUAAGACGUUAUACAAAAUAAUGUUUUUUAAUUUUAUUGCAUUUGCCACUAUUCUGGCUUUUAUAAAUUGUCGAGAAAUCGAUACUCUUUCAAAAUGGGGCAGUCUUAACAAACUUAUUAAAAUUAGUGGAGUUGACGUGCUGAUGUCCAACGAGCUCACAGUGCAAGUUGAUACACCAAUUAUAAAAUUGUACUACGAAGCUCACUGUCCCGGAUGUAUAGAGUUCGACACGACACAGUUGAAAGAAGUUGUUGAAGUGUUGCACCAGUAUGUGGACGUCCACACUUAUCCUUACGGAAAUGCUAGGACAGUUAUACAUGAAGAUGGCACUAUAGAAGUGACCUGCCAGCACGGACCAGCUGAGUGCUACGGGAAUAUGCUUCACGCAUGCGCGUUAGACAUCAUAGCUAACGGCACUGAAGCUUUGCUUUUCAACGCUUGCAUGAUGGACCAAGACAGCAAUGAUAAUAGUGCAGAUAAGUGUGGCGAAAAGAUGAACAUCAAUGCAAGCCCAAUAAAGGACUGUGCGAAGAGCCAGAAAGGCACCGAUCUCCUUGUUCACUAUGGUGAAGAGAGUGAGAAGGCAGGUUUCCAAUAUGUCCCCUACGUCCUUCUGAAUGGGGAAGAGUGGAGAGGGGAAAGCUUAUUGAAUGAUGUGUGUGCAACAUUCAAAAAUCCGCCUGAACCUUGUACACAAUUCUGAAGUUAACGAUUAAAUAAUAUGUUUAGAAAUAUUUUUAAA